GUUUCUCUUCAGAUCAAAUCAAAAACUGCGAUGCAACUUUCAAAUCUUCUCCGAGUCAAAAGUCUUCCGCAUUGCAAUGUAGUUCCCUAGCUGGGUUAGUAAGUUUGCGCUAAAACAAGUAACUAGUAACUUCAGGUGAUUAUGGAGAGCAUUCACCAGGAGCAGGCUUGCAGCAAUGGCAAUGGGCUUAGGACUCCCAUUCUUCGGAGGAACGCGUCUAACUUAUUACCAGACUCGUAUUCCAAUUGCUCAGUUUGUAAAAUCGCUGACGAGACUUUUCCCUACAUGUCAGGAAUUUACGAUGAGACUAUGGAUCCUUCUUUCAUGUCAAAUGGACCAGUAGCGAUCACAAAUUUGCCUAAUCAGGAACAGUUAAAAGCAGUUACAAAUUCUCAUGAUGAUGUUAUUUCAGGAAAUCAAGCAACAGCUGUAUCUGACAGCUUGCUUUGUAUGCCAAUAGAUUGUGGUCAUUCAAUAGAUUUCAGCAUGGCCAAUACAUCUGCACAGGAAGACCACGAAAACAUGAACAAUGUAACCAAAUCCGAUCCAAAAGGAGAUGUACCUGAUGUCAGCUGUCAUUCCCUAGAGUCCACAAGCUGUACAGAAAAAUCAAAGAAUAAUACCUUUGAUAUGGCUAAAGACCUUAAAGAGAGAUUUUCUGGAUUGAAUUUGACCAAACCUGUUCCUAAUGAAUCCACGUCAAGCAAUGUUACUUUUGAAAAGUCAGUAGAACAAGAAAAGUCUUCAGGACUUAGUUGUACUAUUUCUAAUGACGAUGCAAGUGUGGAAGAGAAGAAUUCAAAUGAAAAACGCUUCAAUUCAACUGUUGAUGUCUGUGGCCUCUCCAACUCUACCACAGAGCAGAAGCUCAAUGGAACUGUAGAUAUUACUCAGUCAAAUAGAAAUGGACCCAAGCAAGAGCAGAGCAAUGAGGAGAGCAUAUGUAGUAAGGACUGUGAGAAGCAAAGCACUUUUACGAAGGCUACAGAGGAGAUCAAUGAAACUGUUGACUUGACUGCUGGUGUUUCCACAGAAGUUGCUCAGCCUGGUUCUGUAAAUGUGGAGCAAGUUGAUGGAACAUUCACUAAACACAACACAACCACUGACCUCACACCUCCAGAGCCUUUUCCGGACUUGACAAAUACCACUAUGAAUAUGAUCAAAAGCUCUAACACCGAAUUACCAAUGCAGUCAAAAACGAACUGUAGUGCAACUGUAAAAGACGCACCUGUAUCCGAAACAUCGGCUCCAGUCAACAAUGCCGCACCAGUGAGAGUUGAUGUGACCGAUUGCUCUGAUAGAACUCUAGAUCUUCCUGAGACUGAUGGUAAAGAAGAGCAACAGGACAUAUUUAGGAGAAGAAAUGGAACUUCCGAUGGUGAGGGCUAUGUCAACUUGGACAUCAGCCAAAGUAGUAUGUUUUCACUGGAUGAGAUGCUUGAAUGGAAACCCUGUCCCCUCGUCGCAUCCACGCCUAUAGUCCUUGGAAGAGGUUUCGAAAGGCUGGGCUCUGCAAAGCCCAAAAACAUACAAAAUCAACUCUCUGUGAUCAACAGUAUUAACACCCACUUGAGUAAUGACACAGCUGGCGUUAGCGAGCAUGAAGGAUCGGAUGCAUCAAAGUCAAAUCCGUUGUCUGUCAGGUCUGACACCUGUGGUCAGAUCCAAAAAGUUGUAGCAAACAACACGUCCAAUUCCACUACCUCUGUACCAGCGAUUGUGAACAAACCUCCAUCAAAACUUGCAGUCAGAAGAAAAAUUCCCCAGCCCUCUUUUAAAUCCAGCAUUCCCAAGACCCAGCUCCCUCCAAGGCCUUCCAUCUUACAAGUAACAUCAGCAGUGGUAAAAUCAAAGACUGCAGCAGGAGCACAGGCCUCUAAUCAGCCAGAGACAUCUUCAUCUGCUCUGCACAGCAUGAGGAGGACAGUCCAGCUUAAUAAAGGGAAAAGUCUUGCUUCUCCAAAGAAGGUUUCUGCAGCUUCUACUGUAAAGUCUUCAUCUGCAGCUUUCUCUACCACUACAUGUAAUCCUACUGCAGAUAAAAAGGCUGGAAACGUGUGUAUGACCUUGGCCAAACCCUCUGGGUUGCAACCCCCUUGUCGAGGGAGGUUUGGACUUAAGCCACCUGGGAGUGCUGUUUCCUCGGAAGAAACUAGUCAUGCCCAGACUAACAACAAACCAACUGGUUUAUCAGGUAUAAGGACAAGGACGUCGCUGCUUCCAGGUUUUUCCCAGAAGCAUGCAAGCAGUGAUGCUUUGCCAGUGGCCAAAAGGAAGAAAACUGAUGUGCAGAACCAGCCCAGCUGUGCUGAAGCUCCAGCAGACUCAGAGGCAGCAGAAGGUGUUCAGAAGAAUGUAGCCGCUCCCACAGACAUCACAUCAAAGAGACCCAGUGCUGACUGUGGAAAGUGUACACUACUUCAAGAGAAAUUACACACAUUUCAUGAAGAACUGGGGGGAAUUCUACAAGAACUUGGUCGACUGCCAGCAGACUGUAAAAAAUGGGUUUCGCUUCAACACACAUUGGAGUCGUAUUUAAAGGAGGUUAAAAGUUUACAAACAGAUCAUCAUUAAGGAAGAGGAACUUGGCUGGGCUACAAACCUGAUGUAUUUUGUAUAAUAGAAUGUAAUAUUGUUCAUAAAAAGAUUAACUUAUUAUUUUUCAUCAUAAUGUCCUUUUUAACAGAUCAUCAAACUGUUUAAAGCUAUUCUUUUUCCUUAGUUUUCUUACUGGAACAGGUGACUACAUAAAUCACUUGUGAACUUGGAGCCCAUCAGGCCUUUUUUAUUUAAUUCAGUCAUUGAACUUGUUAAUGGUUGUACACUACACAUUAAUAUAUUAAACUACAAUAUUUCUGUUUGUUGAUUGUGUGAACAGACAAGUAAACAGACUGUUAAAAAAUGGUCAUUACAGCCAUUUCAAAUCGAUUUUAUACAUUUGUAUUUAACAAAGUCGAUGUUCAGUCAAAAUUGUCUGUUUCCCUUUUUAAUGUUUGUGGUGACUUGAUAAUACAUGAAUUAAAGAUACAAUAUGUAAUGUUGUUUGGUUUGUGGAUAAAACAAAUUCUGUCCACACACAGGAUUAGAACAUUCAGAAAUUACAGAAACCCAAUUACAACACUGAAUCUUCUUCAGAAGUGGUUUGUUUUCAAAGUUUAGUACAGUACAAUAUAGUAGAGUAUUUUGUUUUAUUUAUUAUAUGCUUUAUAGAAUUAGUAUUUUGUAAGACGUAUAGUAUUAGUAUAGAUCCAGGUGUAGUGUUUUGCUGUUUUUCUAGCAUGUAAUACACUGACUGUAUGACACGUUAUGGUCUGUAGUUGUACAACAGUUACAGUGCACAUAGAGUUUCUGUGGCGUAGACAGUGAUGGGGCAUCGCUUGUGGACGUCCUGUUCUAGUUUAACAUGCUUUGGAUUGAGGUAAUAUUUAGAUUAUUGGCAUUUCGCAGAUGCCCUUAUCCAGAUUGACUUAAAUUUGUGUCAUUUUAUGCAACUGAGCAGUUGAGGGUUAAGGGCCUUGCUCAAGAGCCCAGCAGUUUGGUGAGCCUGGGAUUUGAACUUCCAACCUUCUGACCAGUUGUCCAACCUCUUGCUACCACUUCCUGUUUACCACUGACAGAAUGGCAAACCAUAAACUCAUUUAUCUACAUGUAUUAAACAGAACUGCAGCUGCUUCUUUAACGAUCUGGAACAUAGCACAAGGCUGCAUGACUUCAUGUAUGUAGGUUGUUGUCAUCUACUUUGUUAAAUAGGAUUAUUUAUUAAGUAAUGUAGCCUCUCAUUUUUUCCCACUUUACAUUAUUUUUGUUUUUCCCCCCUUUUAGAAAGAAAACCUUUUAUUUUUUAAAUUAAACCACUGAUUUUUCUUUUUAUGACAUUAUAUGGGUGUGUUACAUGUGGAUUUCCUGUUCUUGCCAGUAAUUGACACUGCGAUGUUUGACGAGAAGCGAUGUUGAAACAUUUUGUUUCUACAGUGUGCUAUACUCAACUUUUUUGUCAGUAUUUUGCUGUUCUAAUAGAACAGCCUGUAAUUGGGAAAAUACAGUCAAUAAUGAUUGAAGCAUAAUUCAUUAUUACAUCAUAACAUCAUACAUUUCUGUUUUUUGUUUCACCUUUAUAGAUACAUUCUCACUGUGAUUUUUCUAUGAUUUCUUCAUUGUGAUGAGAAAAUGAAACAAAAAGGUAUUUCUGAACAACUAUUCAUGUAGUUGUUUCCUGAUGAGAAAGGUGUAAUAGAAUAAAAAGAAACUGAUCCAGGGGCAUGAGGAACCUGUAGAGGAAAAAAAGACCAGUUGUUCCAGCUGAGUUGGCAUUUCUCUUAUUCUUUCUAUUAAUUCCUGUAAGGAAAUCUCUGGUAGGUUGAAAAAAAAAAUAACUGGCCUUCUAUAUUUCACCACUGCAGCCAGUAAAUCACUAAACCGUCAGCACAUCUAUUUAAGUAAGUUCCUCUAUAACUAUCCGUAAAUCUUACUCCAUCACCACCCCCAUAUGAACCCAAGGAAAUGCAAAUAUGCAUAAUUUUUUUUCUUAUGAACCCUGUACACUAAAUGUGUCUGUGAAGAUUCUCGGUCAUCCAUGUCCGAUUAUCUGGAAGUUGAGUUAUGUUGACUAGAAUUCUUUCUAGUCAGAUCGAAACGUUUCACUACUUUUGUGAGCAGCUCAGAUGAGUAGCAAAAUGUAGUAAAAACGUGACCAGUUUGCAUCAUGUCCACUACAAUUAUUCUUCAUUCAUUUAAAUGUUACUGAUAGUACUCAGCUUUACCUAUUCAGAAACAUCU